AUGGAUCUCGCGUUCUCUCCAAAGACGAAGAAGAAGCUUUCCUUCAUGAUGGAAUCCUUAUCGGAAGUUUCCGGACAAAACAAAUCAGAAUGGGAGGAGGGAUUGGCGGUGAUUCAAGACAUUUUGCAACCUGGAUCAGCCGCACAUGAUGCGCUCACACCGCAACAACGAAAAGGCUUGGAAAAUGUUCGAGGAAUCUUGUUGGGAACUGGAGGAGAGGAUGAUGGGAAAUACCAUCUUCCUUCGGAACUUCGUCGGAGCGCCAAUGGAGACUCCGCGAUUGAUGCUUAUCUUCUGACUCAGUUUGCUGGGAUGACACAUACCUCCGCGAAGCAAAAGUUCAAGAGUGUGGUCAACGCGAAUCUUUUCAUCGCUGGUCUAAGGAACUUGACUGGAGGUGAUUCCUCAGAAACGAAGUUUAAGAAGAAUCUCAUGUGGACUUAUCUGCCACCUGAAUGGGAGGAUAUGGAAGUGGACACUCGGCGGCAGGUUUCAGAAAUGCUUUCCAAGGAGUCCCUUGAUGACUGGGGAUUUGAUAUAUUUAAACUCGAUGAACUGACAAAUGGCAACGCUCUGCUCUUUAUUGGUUACGGGAUCUUGUCAUCCCCUUACUCUCAACACGCCAUGCAACAAAGCGUAUUAGGUGAAGACGCUCCAGAGGUGGACGUGUCCAAAAUAAAAGGGUACAAAUUCCUGGAAGAGCUGAACAUAUCAGCAAUAACAAUGGUAAAUUUUCUGAGAGCAAUCCAAAAGGACUAUGUCAACGAAAACCCGUACCACAACAGUAUCCAUGCUGCAGAUGUCACCCAAUCUGUGCACAGUUUACUACAGAUGGGAGGGGAGAGGUUUUCCAAUGGUGAAAUCCAAGUCUUUUCCAUUCUAUUGGCAGCCGUAAUUCACGACGUCGGCCAUCCUGGAAAGAACAACAAUUUCCAAAUUCACUCCAAAUCCGAAUUUGCCCUGCAGUACAACGAUCAAAGUAUUUUAGAGAACAUGCACUUGUCCAAGGCAUUCACAAGGGUGCUUGGAAACGGGGGCAACACAGCUGUCGAUAUAUUCAAGAAGAUGAAACCAAAGCAGUAUACUAGUGUCAGAUCGAUGAUGAUUGAGGCUGUUCUCCACACGGAUAUGACCAAACACUUUGCAUCCGUCAACUUGUUGAAAGGUUUGAUGCUUUCAAACCCAACCGAGGAACUCAUUGGUACUGAUCAUUCUUGGACAAUUUUACACUUCCUACUACACUUGGCCGAUAUUUCAAAUCCCGCCAAGCCUGGACCUAUGUUCGAACUCUGGACCGACAGAUGUCUGGAUGAGUUUUUUAGGCAAGGUGAUGAAGAAAGGAAAAUGGGCUUGCCGAUUAGCCCAUUAUGUGACCGUGAAAGCACGGAUAGAGCGGAAAGUCAAAUUGGUUUCAUCCAAUAUGUUGUUAUGCCCGCUUUCAAGGUCAUGAGCAAAUGUAUACCGAAGGUGGAAGAAAAGAUUCUCCCAAUCAUUGAAGACAACUUGGACUUUUGGAUAUUGGAAGCAAAGCGAGUCAAGACACAGGGUGAGGAGGAAGACGACCCAAAGAGUUUCGAAAAGCUUCCAGCAAAAAUUCCAGUUGCCACAGCAGAAGAAGAAAAUCCAGGAACAGAAGAUGAGGAGGAGAUUUAG